AUGCAGUCUUCACCAGGCGACGCCUCGACAGAGUCGUCCUCGCAUUUCCUCUUCGCCAGCUCCAACUUCUUGCGCCUGUGGUCCAGGCGCUAUCGCUGGGUAAUUGGCGGCGUUGCGUUCACCACCAUCUUUCUCUUUCUCUUCUACAGCUACGGCCACCAGCAGCCUCUCCCGCCCUCACGGACCACCGCCUCCCGUCCCGUCGAUUGGUCCGAGUUUGCCUAUACCCAAUAUGUCACCAAUGGCGCAUAUCUCUGCAACUCGGUCAUGUUCUUCGAGGCCCUGCAUCGACUUUCCAGCCGCGCCGACCGAGUGUUGAUGUAUCCGUCAACAAUGCUUGAGUCAGAACAAGACACAUCCGACAACGCUCGUCUGAUCUUGAAGGCUCGAGACGAUUACAAUGCAAAGCUUGUUCCCGUCACUGUGCAGCAUAGGACCGGUGCAGAUGCGACCUGGGCCGAUUCGUUUACCAAACUUCUUGCUUUCAACCAGACUCAGUACAAACGUGUACUUUCCAUCGAUUCCGACUCAAUACUUUUACAACACAUGGAUGAACUGUUCCUCUUACCUCCGGUUCCGGUCGCCAUGCCUAGGGCGUAUUGGCUCUACCCGGACAAGGAGAUUCUUUCAUCCCAGGUCAUCCUGAUCGAGCCCACGGAGAAGGAAUUCGCUCGCGUCAUGGAGAAGGUAUCUGCCGCCGGCGCGAACGACUAUGAUAUGGAGAUUGUCAACGAGCUGUAUCGCGACAGUGCUCUUGUUCUUCCGCACCGACCCUACGAUAUGCUCACAGCCGAGUUCCGCGGCAGUGAUCAUUCCAAGUACCUUGGAUCCGACCGCGAGCCUUGGGAUCCGGUGAUGGUCUAUAACGAAGCCAAGCUCGCCCACUUCUCCGAUUGGCCUGUCCCCAAGCCCUGGCUGUCUACGCCCGCAGAUUUACGCGAGAAGAUGCAACCCGAUUGCACCACAAAUGCCGCUGGCGAGCAGGAUUGUAUGCGUUUCAACCUGCCUAAUUUCUCCAAUCCCCCCCGGCGGGUGCUUCGCAAUAUUGUGGCCUUCGCUGGUGUCCUCAUCGUCAUUUUAACAACUCAAAUCCUCCUCGUCCAAUGGCGUCGCGCAAGCCCAGCUGCCCACACAGGGCCAUCGGUAGCGGAAGACUCACAAAACGCCCCAGAGGUAGUUAAGAAACCUGUUUUUUAUCCUCCCAUGGGACAGAUUCCCUGGUGGACAACAGAACAAGAGCGGCCUAAGUUUGCCUACGCCCAGUAUGCCACCAACUUGGACUAUCUCUGCAACUCGAUCAUCAAUUUUACGAAGCUGCGCAGAUACGGGGUCAAGUAUGACUUGGUCCUCAUUUACCCGACGGAGUGGUCGGAAGGCACUUCAAAGGAAGCAAAAGCCAUUUCCAAGAUCCGAGAACAUCUUCCAGAUAUCCAUCUCCGACCCUUCGACGUUAUUUCCACCUCCAAGGGUGAUUCCACAUGGCGUGACAGCCUGACUAAAUUCCAUUCGUUUGCUCUGACCGAAUGGACCCGAGUCUUGGCUUUUGAUUCGGAUUCUCUCGUUCUCAACUCGAUGGACCAUUACUUUCUCAGCCCGUUAGCCACGGUCGCCAUGCCCCGUGCCUACUGGCUGAGCGAGAAGGACAAGGACACGAACAUCGCCAAGCAAGUACUCGGGUCGCAUGUUAUGCUCCUGGAGCCCAAUGAGGAUCGUUACCAGAAGAUCAUUGAAGAGGCUAAACGAUCCGGCGAGUUUGACAUGGAGGUUCUCAAUCACUUGUUUAAAGACUCGGCCAUGAUUCUCCCUCACCGCAGGCUUGCCCUCCUAACCGGAGAGUUCCGAAACAAGGAUCAUUCUAAGUACCUGGCACCAGAUAUGGAUGAAGAGUGGAACGCUAUGGGUGAGGUUUCGCGGUCUGUCUUGGUCCAUUUCAGUGACUGGCCUCUACCAAAGCCAUGCAAACAUAGGACCAAGGAGCAAUUCGAGAAUAUUAUGCCGGAAUGUCCAGACGAUGACAUGGGAGCUCCGGACAGUCUAGAUGUGCGGAUCAAAUGA